UGAACUGCUGAUGUCUCAAGACUUUUAUUGGAGCCUUAUCCUGAAGACAAAGCAAGUUUGUUUUGUUGAAGCUACUGUAGAUAUGCAGGAGGGAAACAGUGCUUCAGCAAAUGGAUGUGGCAAAAUCCGAAGUAGCACUCAGAAUGAGGCUGCUUUACUGGCCCUCAUGGAGAAGACUGGAUACAGCAUGGUUCAAGAAAAUGGGCAAAGAAAAUUUGGUGGUCCUCCCCCAGGUUGGGAAGGUCCUCCUCCACCUCGUGGUUGUGAAGUUUUUGUGGGAAAGAUUCCUCGUGAUAUGUAUGAAGAUGAAUUAGUUCCUGUUUUUGAGAGAGCUGGGAAGAUCUAUGAGUUCAGACUUAUGAUGGAAUUCAGCGGUGAGAAUCGAGGCUAUGCGUUUGUGAUGUACACUGCUAAAGAGGAAGCCCAGCUAGCCAUCAAGAUCCUUAAUAAUUAUGAAAUUCGUCCAGGGAAAUUUAUUGGUGUCUGUGUAAGCUUGGACAACUGCAGGCUGUUUAUUGGAGCAAUUCCAAAAGAAAAGAAGAAAGAAGAAAUACUGAAUGAAAUGAAAAAAGUUACAGAAGGAGUGGUGGAUGUCAUUGUUUACCCCAAUGCCACUGACAAAACUAAAAAUCGUGGCUUUGCUUUUGUAGAAUAUGAAUCUCACAGAGCAGCUGCAAUGGCUAGAAGGCGGCUAAUCCCAGGAACAUUUCAGCUCUGGGGUCAUGCUAUUCAAGUAGAUUGGGCAGAUCCUGAGAAAGAAGUUGAUGAAGAAACAAUGCAGAGAGUUAAAGUAUUAUAUGUAAGAAAUCUAAUGAUGUCUACUACAGAGGACACAAUUAAAGCUGAAUUUAACAAGUUCAAGCCAGGAGCAGUUGAACGUGUAAAGAAGCUCAGAGACUAUGCUUUUGUUCAUUUUUUCCAUCGAGAAGAUGCAGUUGCUGCGAUGUCGGUAAUGAAUGGAAAGUGCAUUGAUGGAGCUACCAUUGAAGUAGCACUAGCAAAGCCAGUUAACAAAGAAAAUACUUGGAAGCAACAUUUUAAUGGUCAAACAAGUCCCAUUUCUGAAAAUCUCUUAGGAUUUCCUAACAAAGAAGAUGGUCAUCAAAAAUCCUUAGGGAAACCAAAUCUUGCAGUUCGUCUUAAUGGUCAGCAUGGUCCAGGCCCUUCUGAAGUUGAGAGAUGUACCUACCCAUUUUUUCCAGGAAUAAAGCUUACACCUACUAGCAUGUAUUCUUUAAAAUCCAGUCACUUCAGUUCUGCAGCAAUGCAUCUGGAUUAUUUUUGCAAUAAAAAUAACUGGACACCACCAGAAUACUACUUGUAUUCAACCACAAGUCAGGAUGGGAAAAUACUCUUGGUGUACAAAGUGCUUAUUCCUAGUAUUGCAGAUGGUUCCCAGAGUUAUUUCAUGCCAGACAAACUCUGUACAACAGUAGAAGGUGCAAAAGAAUUGGCAGCUCAGUUCACACUUCUCCAUCUAGCCCCUGAGCAAGCAUAUAUAACUUUGCUGUCCUGAAUGCAGCACAGAUGGAUAGUAGAGCCAACUGUGUAUUUGAUUUGGCUUGAGUAAUCCUGAAGAAGAGAAGUUCAGACUUUGGUGCUGUGGAUCCUGUCAUAAAAGAACACAACACUGAUACAUAAUUACUGGAAUUUCACAUGACAUGUUUUUGAUGAAUAAUUCUUCAAAGCACAUGUGUGUGUGUGUCUGUGUUAAACAUCUAACUUAAACAUUAGUGAAAUUGAAUGUUAAAUUGUUUUGCUUAGCUUGAUAGACUUUGUUUUGAAAAGAUAAUUUGUUUAAAAGAUUUUUAUUACCUGUAAUGGUUUAUACAACAGUAACUUAUUUUUAGUGUUGCAAUAAUUUAAUACUAUUCUUACUCUUGUAUUUUGAGUUUCAUGCAGAAUUUCUGCAUCUUCUGCUUGUAAGAAAUAAUUCUUAACCAAACAGAAAACAAAUGAAACUGCACCACCCUGGUAACCCUGCCUUUUCGUAUGUAAAUGUACAUAAUAUGAAACGUAAAUACCACACUCCAAA